GAAGAAGAAGCAGAUGACGGAGGCAGACAACGCAGGUCAGAAGUUGAGUGGUGUAUAACCAUAACUCAAAGGAGGGGUCUCUGUCGUGAUAAUAACAUUUCCUCCAGUGACCUGCGCUCAAAAGACGAAGAGCUGUAAUCUAAACGAAUGAAGCUAAGGUAACGGUAGUAUGAAAAACCUCAGAAGUAUAAACUAACUGACGCUGGUUUAGAAGCGUCUGUAACAUUGUUUUGAGGGCCUGUUGCUAGCUACGGGAAAUCCUCGGGCUAGCCCGGCAUACACCGGGCCGAGAGAGGACCAGGACAGGAGCUUCGUCGGCUAGUUUGAACGAUCAGGUUUUACAGACUCUAGCUGCCCUAUUUUAUCAUCAAACGAAGACGUAACCUCAUCCGUAGCUUUAUAAAUAAGCGUGACGUUAACACGACAAGCUUGAGUUUGACAGCUAGCUAACAUUAGCCAUCCCGUGUUUACAAGCUAUCCCAGCCAAGAUCCUCUGAAGAAGUUGGCACUUCGGUAUAUUUGUGUCAGUUAGGAUUUGCAUAUUUGUCUCGUACAACCUGCCUGCUAGCUAGUGGUGGUUUGUAAGCUUGUUCUACUUAUAUGUACGCCGACUGAAGGUCGCCAGCUAGGCAGCUAGAUCAGAAGGUCUCCUAGCUAAGGUUAUUACAUCUUCAGGCUUAUCUCAACAUUACUGCAGCCCAAAGUUUGUUAACGUUACCUGGUUUUAACAGAAGGGAUACUGUUUCAGAGUAAAUUACCAAAGCUAUCUUUAACCAUUUGAAAGACAGUAUCUCGGAUGAAGGCUCACAUAGAAGUGUGGAUUUUGAUGCUGUCAGGACAUACAGGUGUCACCUGGUCUGGUUGGCAUUAAUAAUCUCACACCAGCAUCCAAUAUCUGCUACACCAGAAGCAACUGAUCUGCUGUUUCUCUCUCUUGAGCUGAUUUGCUCAAGAAGGAUCACCUUCAAGUCCACAAUGAAUCGUUACCUGCCGGUGGCACGACAGCACUUCCUGGCUGCCCUUGCCAACACCAGUGUGGUGGUAAAAACUGUAAGUGCUGUGGUGGUUCUCCUCUAUCUGUUGUCAUGGGCCGUCAACACUCCAUACGCACUGGGAGUGACCCCAGGCUACCUCUUUCCACCCAACUUCUGGGUGUGGACACUUGUGACCCAUGGGGUGGUGGAGCAGCACGUUUGGGGUGUGGCGGCCAAUGUGGGAACAGUUAUGGCUUGUGGGCACCUGCUGGAGCCUCUGUGGGGCGCACUGGAGCUCCUGAUCUUUUUCGCAGUGGUCAAUAUCUCUGCAGGCCUCCUGGCAGGCAUCUCCUACUUCCUCACCUAUGUUGCCACCUUUGACCUGGACUUCUUGUUUGCUGUGCGUGUCCACGGAGCAGCCGGAUUCCUGGGAGGUGUCCUGGUGGCACUGAAGCAGACCAUGGGGGAUAGUACAGUGCUCAGAGUACCACAGGUGAGGCUCAAAGCAGCACCUGCAUUGGUCCUCCUCCUCCUGGCCUUACUCCGCCUAUCUGGGCUGUUGAACAGCUCUGCCCCACUGGCUGCAUACAGCUAUGGCGCCCUGUCCGGUUGGGUCUAUCUGCGCUUUUACCAGAGGCACAGCCGGGGCCGCGGGGACAUGUCGGACCACUUUGCAUUUGCUAGUUUCUUCCCCGAGGCGCUCCAGCCAGCUGUGGGACUGCUGGCGGGGCUGGUCCACUCCGCCCUGGUGAAGAUGAAGGUGUGCAGGAAAAUGGUGAAGAGAUAUGACGUGGGAGCACCCUCCUCCAUCACUAUCAGCCUGCCAGGGACAGACCCACAAGAUGCAGAGAGGAGGAGACAAUUAGCCCUCAAGGCUCUGAACGAGCGUCUAAAGCGCGUGGAGGACCAGUCUGCCUGGCCCAGCAUGGAUGACGAAGAAGACGAUGAAGAGGACGAGGUCAGAACUGACACACAGCCGCUCCUCCCUGGUGGGCAUGACACCUCCUCCUCCACGCCGAGACAAACAGGGGGACCCGUAGGCGCCUCCCUUUCCACCCCCUCCUCAACCUCAAUCUCACAGAUCACCGGAGCAUCAUCCACAGGCGGAGUACAACACCCAGAAUCCAGCAUUAUCACCUUCGAGGAUGCAACUUUUAGAUCGUAACAAAUAGAACACCUGUGUACAGAUACACACACUCUGUUUGGUGUCCCUGGAAGGUAUAGUGUACUCAGUGUCCCUGACUAGUAUACGCAUAUAUUCAGUGACAGUGAUUAGGCACACACUUGAUAUCACACACCAACACACACAACAACUUUGAGCAGUUCAUACCCAAGACUGUGCAUUCAGAAACACUCUGUCGAUGUCAUUGUGAAGCCCAAAGGGGUGGUAACUGUACAUUGCUUUCAGUUCAGGCAUGUUGGUUGUAAAUGCUCAAUGUAGUUGGGCAAAUUGGACAAUUAAAACUUAACUCUUCCUUCCUGCAUAUGACCGAAUGUCAACCAAAAAUUCUGUCUUGUCUGGACUUAGGCCCAACUUGCAGAGCUCUGUCCACUGCUUCAUAUGUCUUUUUCUCUUGCUUUCUAAAUAAAUAACAAAAUGGGUGUACAAUUAAAAAGAAUUUUUGGAAGUCUUUUUCGGGACAGCCAUAGUUGUUCUCUAAUCGGCUGCCAUGAGAAAGCCGUCAAUGAAAGACUCAUGGCCAGUUCUUGAUGAAAGCCGACUAUGCGCACUAGUUUGAUAAGCAGGGAAAAAUAGCUGCAAGUGACAUUGGCUUUUGGUUAACUGGUUCUAAAAAUGUAACGAGGUGUGUAAAUGAGGACGUAUGUCAUAUUCACAUAUUCAGCAACAAUUGCUGAACCAGAGGAUAGAAGCUGCUGCAUGUCUCUCCUGCUAAUGAACUACAAUACAAAAUGUGUAGAAAGUGCCAUUUGAAAAGAAUUUUCCAGACCAGGUUAAUUUGCCACCUGGUGUCUCUGGAACAACAGGCAGAGAAAUGGACCAUGUACCUGAUUGAUUAUUUAUUUUUUUUUUAUCCCCAUUUUUCAUUCAGUGGAGAUGAAUUCUGUUUUCUUUCUUUUUUUCUUCUGUAUCUGUUCAUUACUAAUCAACAACAAAAAAAACACUUCUGUGCGCUUACAAGACAUGUCAAUGGUUAAUGAUUAUUAUGAUUCCUUUUGUUUUAUGGUUUGUAAGUUGAUUAUAUUUUUAAGGUUAGUUUUCAAGCCGCCUACUCAAGUAUUGUCCUGUAUUCUUUUACACUUUGGCCUAGUGGGAUCUGAAAUGAUAGAAGAAUCAGCAAUCAACUAUCCAGGUGCAUCUGAUAGUUGUGUAUGCACAGACAUAUUGCCAUUGCACAUAUUUUUAGAAGGUAGAAUGAUUGAUUCAUUAAUUGUAGAUUCAGAUUUUUUUAUCUGUGUGGCGUCAAAUACUGUUUUGUUGUUUCUCAGACACUGGGUAAUAGGGAUUAAUGAUUCCAUAGACAUAGGACAAGGUAAGUAGUCAGCCUAGCCAGGGUUUCCCAGUCAUAUAACAUCUUUAAUUUUUGUGCCAAGCAAGGGAGAGUGGUGAAUUUUUUUUUAGGUAGGAUGAUGGGCUAAAUGUGUUCAUAUAAGAUGCUUCAGAAAUUCUAUGCAGAUGAAAAGAUCAAUGAUCAAUGUCAUCAUUGUAGCAGUCUAAUAUGGUAAUGAUAAAAUCACUGAAUUCCAGUUUCCCACCUGUCCUUCAGGUCAGCCAGAUGAAUUUAAACUUGUGAGCUUGUCAAGAAAGUGAGCCACACACUUCUGCUGCACAUGUUUAACAAGGAAGAUAAAGUACAUAAGCUGAUGUUCACUUCAUCCCUCACCCCUUCAAUCUGUUACAAAACAAGCCCAUUAGAUUAAGUUACAGAUUGUUCCUGGUCGGACAGCUUUUGUGUCUUUGAAGGUAGCCGAUUCUUUUAUUUCACACACAAUUUUGGAAACAAAAUAAACGAUGAUUGAUGGUCACUGCCA